AUGAGUACAUUCCAAGACUGUUUGUCACUUGCCUCUGUUAAGCUUGGAAGCAAAAUAAAGAAGAUUUAUUCUUUUGCUUUUUCAGGCUGCAUUUUUCUGAAAACAUUCGACAAAGGAAGUGCAAUCCUCGACACAAUCGAUACAAAUGCCUUUGAGUAUACAGGCCUUACGUCAUUCGUCAUAGAUAGUACAGUUACAGUUUUAGGCGAUUUUUCUUUUUACCAAUCAAAACUUGAAUCAUUGGAGUUUGCUUCGAGAUAUACAGAGCUAUUGAUACCGGGAUUCAUUUGCAAGAACUGCGUGAAUUUGAAAACUGUUAUUUUACCAAAUUCUGUUCAGUUUAAUCCUCAUGGAAGUAACAUGUUUGAAUCAUGCACAAAUUUGGAGUCAAUUACGCUUCCUGCAGAAAUAAAAUCAAUUCCAGAAGCUGCAUUUUCAAAUUGUUCUAAUUUGGCAAAAGUUGAUGGUCCUGGUAUAGAGCAUAUUGAAGCUUAUGCUUUUUACAAUUGCUCUAAACUCUCAUCUUUCACUUUCGGCCAUGUUUUGUCCAUCGGCGAAUAUUCGUUAUCCUUCUGUUCUUCUUUAGAAUAUCUUUAUGGUCUAUCAACAACAGACAACAUCACUUUUGGCUCAAAUUCGUUCUCUUACUGCACAACUCUCAAGAUUGAAAAAAUUUAUUCAACAUAUUCCAUCAACGAGUACUCAUUCUUAGGUUGCUCCGGUCUAGAAUCCAUCAUUAUUAGCUGUACAAGCCUUUCCGAGGGUGUAUUUACAGGAUGUUCCAGUCUAGGGUUUGUUUCAUUUGAUUAUCAAAACUCUCCAUCGGAAAUUGGCCCAUACAGCUUCAUGAACUGCACUAAUUUGAAGACAGUUCUAUUUGGCGAUAGCGUAAAAUGCAUUGGCUACUACGCUUUCGCUGGAUGUCCUCUUUCUGAUAACUUAAACCUCAACAAAAUCACAUACAUCGGAAAGAUGGCGUUCGCUCACUGCCCGUUUUCAUCAUUAACCAUCAAUGUUGAUGCCAAUUUUGAUGUUGGAUGCUUCUUUGAGUGCGCAAACCUCGAAUCUGUCGAAAUUGGUAAGAAUGUUGAGCAUUUUUCACUCGAACCAUUCGUUAAUUGCUCUAAAUUGGCGACGUUCAUAUGUGAAAACAAUCCAAAUAUGCAUGUUUCAAACGGAAAUUUGAUAUACAAAGAUAAUGACAGGCUUAUUGCAUUCCCUCCUGCAUCAAACAUCGAGGAAUAUACAAUACCAAAUGAGAUAACUGAGAUUUGCUCAUUUGCUUUUGCAUAUUCAACAAAAUUGAAGAAAAUUAUUUUGAAUCACUUCAUAGAAUUGUCAGAAAACACAUUCUCUUGCAUCCACUCACUUGAAAAGUUCGAAUUUGAAGCAUCUGGUAUCAGAACUAAUCCAAGUUCCGUGAAAUUGCAAAGUUCUUUCGGAGAUUACGCUUUUUCUGACUGCAAAUUACUCAAAUCAGUUAAGUUUAUGUCUCCUGUUUAUUCCCUCGGCAGAUACUGCUUCAUAAACUGCAUUUCUCUUGAAGAUAUCAAUUUAUCUACUUCUUGUUCGAUGAUUGGCGAAUUCUGUUUCUCUGGAUGUACCAAGCUCAAAGAGAUAGAUAUUUCUAAAAUAGACCGCAUCCCCAACAACGCUUUCCAAAACUGUAAAAAUCUGAUUUCUGUCAAACUCUCCGACCAAUUAGUGACUAUUGGAGAGUCUGCAUUUGUUAAUUCAGGUAUUAAGUCCAUUUCCAUCCCUAUUUCUUGCAUGAAAGUGGAGAGUUACGCUUUUUACGGAUGCAAUGCCUUGACGACAUGCAAUUUCUCUUCUAGAGUAACUAGGAUCAACUCCAAGGUCUUCUACAACACAUCUUUGUCAUUAUUCAAGCUCUAUGAUACUGUCAGAUCAAUUGAAUCUGAUGCCUUCCAGUUUUCUGACAAACUAAAGAUUGAAAUUGUCAAUCUUCAAACAAACAACUUCUUUGUUGACGGCCAAGCACUUAUCUUCAAGCCAACAAAGAAAUUGAUAUUGACAUUCGGAAAACUCCCCCAGGAAUACACAAUUCCAUCAUCGGUUGAAGUUAUUGGCAAGUUAUCCAUCAACCCCAACAUAAUCAAGGCCGAAGAACUUGAUUAUCCACUUCAAUUAGGAACUACAACCGUAAUUAUUCCUUCUUCAGUCAAAAAUGUAGAGCCAAGAGCGUUUGAAAGAUGUCAGUUCUUGUACAACAUCUGCUACGAAGGAGAUGUAUUCCAAACAUCGUCAGUUAACGCUGUGAAAAUAUAUGUCACUCAAAAGUACCCUUACUUGUUCGCUUUUAAGAAGGACGUCAUAAGAACGGACUGCAGCAACGUCAUUCCUGACAGUUACACUGAAAUUGCAGGAUUGAGGAAGUUGACAAAGAUAGAAGUGGCUUUGAUCAUCAUCUCCGUCAUUUCUGUCUUUGGAUGCGUUGUUUUGGGCACUCUUUUAAUUAUCCCGAAGAAGAAGAGUUGCAAAUGUGAGAAACCUGAUAGUUACAAAGGUAUCGAAACAAGCGAGAUCUAA